AUGAUUUUUUUCAUAUUAUUGUCUCAAAUGUAAAGUUUAAGAGAUGCAAAGUUUGAAAAAGGAAAUGUUUAAAUAAUGGACUACUACCAAUCUUCGCAUAUAUUAUAAACCUCAACAGCUCUUCCAAGAUUUAUUGAAGUCUAAGUAAAACUCUAGACACCAUUCGAAAUUCAACCUUAAGUUUUUAUAACUUCACAACGUUCUGAUUGGGAAUACCAACUUCCUAAUGGAUUUAUGGAGAAAGUUAGCUAUAUAAAAACAACAGGUAAUUGUAUCACUAUAUUAAAGGAUUCAAAUUGAGAGCAUAUGCAGUAUCAACAUAUCCUCUUUAUGGAAUAUCAGUAGAUUGGGUUGCAUUUGAUGAUCCAAGGCUUAAGGUAAUUACAUUUGAAUCUAAUGAUCUCUAAGAUCUAACAACAGGAUCAGGAAUGAGGAGUGUCUAAUUCACAAUUGAACAUCUAUUACAAGAUGCAACUAAGGCCAUUAUUGCCUUAAUAGGUAUCAGACAUACAUAUUAUAACUUUAUAGUGGAAUUAAAAGUAAUACUUUUUUAUAAAAAUGAUAGAUUGAAUAACUAAACUCAAAAACAGUUAUCGUAUCUGCUAAUACAUAUACCCUAGCUUAAUUAAACUAUAUAAAAUUCAAUAUUCUGUUGGGAACUGAUCAAUCCUUAUGGACAUCUCCUGAAUUAUCUUUUACUCUUGACAUGAAUGCAAAUCACCCAUUUAUCAGUAGGUCAUAUUAUAAUGCUGAAGUGAUCUAAACUAUCUUAAUCUCAUAAGAAUAAUUUAAUCAUAUAACUACAGCUACUCCAUUGAUAGCAAAACGAGGAUAUGAUGUUGAUCAAAGAUGGAAUCCGUGUCAGUUUUUGAAUGUAUCAUUAGUAAAUCAAGAUAUUAAGGUAGUGCUAGGGCUAUGUACAUUUAUAUUUAUUACAAUUAGGGUCUCAUACAUAUGUAUAUGGAGUUUACUAUUAGGUAGCCUUAUAUGAUCUUAAAUUUAAAAUUCCAGAUUAAAAUUGUGCAUAGAUCUUCUCCGAAUGUGAUUAUGCCGGUGAUUCUCUGGUUAUUUGUUAAAGUGUAUCAGAUCUAACAAGUAAUGCAUGGUCUCAGCCAAUUAAAUCCUUAACUGUCCCAACUGGUAGACUUUUAACUCUCUAUUAAUCGCUAAAUUAUCAAGGAACAAAAAGUUUUUACACCUAAAAUUAAUAAUGCUUAUCCCCAAAUAGUUAUUUAUCUGCAGCUUUCAAACCCUAAAUUUCAUUCAUAAAAAUACUUUACCUAAAUCUAAGCUUGGGCUCAACUUGUCGUCAGGUUAUUUUUUAUAGCUAAUGCAAUUAUCAAGGAUCUUCUUAUACAUUAAAUAAGGGGGAGCAUUUGGGAUCCACUUAAUAGAUCCCUUUUGAAAUUAAAUCAAUCAAUAUAUGUCCAGAUAUAGUUGUUCAAUUUAGAGAUCCUAAAUAUCAAGGAGGAGAAGUUAAAAUGUAUUAAACCUCUUAAUCCUGCUUAAGUAGUUUUUAAGUAAAUAUUAAUUACCAAUUAGUUUCCAAAAUAUCGAAAACCAGCAUGA